CUCUCCGCCUCUUGCCUCAGAGCAGCCGGCGCGCGGUCGGCACCCGUCUCCUCCUCUCCUCGGCACGGGUGCACUUGGACCGUGACCCUCGUCCCCCUGCAGAUGGGCGUCCUCCUGGUCCUGGCUGCGGUCGCGGCUCUGUUGACAGAAAAUCUCGCGUUUCCAGUGGGGGCAGAAGGACAGAGGGAAGAUGUGGUGACAAAGUGCUUGGUUGAAGUCCUGUCCAAAGCUCUCUCCAAACCGGACGCGCAGCUGCACCAGGAAUGCAGAGACAUUCUCCAAGCAGGGGUUAAACAUGCCCCACUGGACAAGAAGAGUGUGGGGGGGAUAGCCACUCAUGAAGAGGAGGUCAGAGGUCGCCCUGAGGAUACUGAGGCCCAGGCAACAGAUGUGAAAGACAUCGAGGCACUGCUGAAAUCCGUGGAAGACAAGAGAGAGAACCCCGAGGACGAGCGCAGCCAAGAAUCCUGGAGUCUGGGUGAUGAGAAGGAGAAGAGACUCGAGAACGACGAGGAAGUGCAGCGGGAGAAGAGGGGCAGCUGGAGGCCUGGGAGAUACCACCAAAGACCCCACAAGCGAGAUGAGGAACCUUUAGGAGAGGAGAGGGAGGAGCCAGAGGAAGAACGUAGCCAAGAGGCCUGGGAUGUAGACAAAAGGCAUGGGGAUGAGGAGGAGGAGAGAAAUAAGCGCAUAUGGAAACCUACACACCGCUACCACCACAAGAAGAAACUCCACAAACGUGGUGAUGGGCCAUCAGAGGAGAAGGAAGAUGAGGAUCGCAGCCAGGAGUCUUGGGGUCUUGAUGAGAGAGACAAGAGAAACUGGAGGCCUGGCAGGUACCACCAGAGGAGACAAAGACGUGACGAAGAUCUUUCUGAAGAAGCAAGGGAAGAGCCUGAUGAAGAACGCAGCCAGGAGAGCUGGGACUUUGACACAGGAAGAGAAAAGAGAAACUGGAGGCCCGGCAGGUACCACCAGAGGAGACAAAGACGUGAUGAGGAACUCGCCGAAGGAGCAAGAGAAGAGCCCGAUGAAGAACGCAGCCAGGAGAGCUGGGACUUUGACACAGGAAGGGAAAAGAAAAACUGGAGGCCGGGCAGGUACCACCAGAGGAGACAAAGACGCGAUGAGGAACUCGCCGAGGAUGGGCAAGACGAGGCAGAUGGAGAACGCAGCCAGGAGAGCUGGGACUUUGACACAGGAAGAGAAAAGAGAAACUGGAGGCCCGGCAGGUACCACCAGAGGAGACAAAGACGUGAUGAGGAACUCGCCGAAGGAGCAAGAGAAGAGCCCGAUGAAGAACGCAGCCAGGAGAGCUGGGACUUUGACACAGGAAGGGAAAAGAGAAACUGGAGGCCCGGCAGGUACCACCAGAGGAGACAAAGACGUGAUGAGGAACUCGCCGAGGAUGGAGAACGCAGCCAGGAGAGCUGGGACUUUGACAAAAGGCAAGGAGAAGAAGAGGGAGAGGUUGAAAAGCGCAUCUGGAAACCGACACAUCGAUACCACCACAAAAAGAAAAUUCACAAGCGCGCUGGAGGCUCAUCAGAGGAAGAGGAAGAGCAAAGGGGUGUUUCAGAGGAGUCGGAGGAGGCUGCAAAGGACGGGGACGAAGAUCUGAGGUAUCUGGCAGAGAAGCGCAAUCCCUGGAUUUACAGGGGCUACUACCAUCCUGCCUGGUUUAAGCGGGACUCUGAUGAACACGCAGCACCCUCGAACAAGGUGGGCCUGAUGGACGAACUGGCCAAGUUGGUGAGCUAUAAGAUGAACCGGCUGGCCAACCAUUCUAACGCAGAGGAGGUGAAGAGGAUCACGCACCCGAGAGCACUCACCCCGCAGGAGGACAAAAAGCUGGAAAGCCUGGCGGCGAUGGACAUGGAGUUGCAGAAAAUCGCUGCAAAAUUGCAUGACAACAGUGCAUAGGCCGGGACGGACAGCAUUCAAGACACCAUGAGAAGAUCACUGCUGCUGUCUUACCGCAUGUCUGUCAGCGUAGUGUGAUUACAGUGUAACAGAAAAAAAAAAAAAAAAGCCUUGCCAAAAAUCAUUCAUAUCAA